AUGGCUUCUUCCAAGGGUAUAUCAGACCCUGUAGUGGUAUCAGACGUCCUUGAAGAAGGAGGCGUGAAGCCUCAUGUCGACGUCCAUGAGGAACCUUCGAUCGAUCCUGAGGAGGAGAGGAGGGUUGUCCGAAAGAUUGAUCUUCGGGUCCUGCCUCUUCUUUUCUUCAUGUACUUGUUCAAUGCUCUGGACCGAAACAAUUUGGGUGCUGCCAAGACUGAUGGUAUUGAUGUCGAUCUCGGGUUCACUAAAUAUGAGUACAACAUUCUCGUCUCUGUGUUUUACGUCCCAUACUGCGCCUUGACUGUGCCAGCAAACAUGCUCACCCGCAAACUCUCAGCCAGAUGGACACUGCCCUGCUAUCUCCUCUUCUGGGGAACCACCGUGAUUCUCUCACCGGCAUGCAAGAACUUUGCCGGUCUCGCUGCUCUCAGAAUUCUCUUGGGUAUGGCAGAAGCCGGCUUCGGAGUCGGCGGUGUCUUUUACUUGACCCAGUGGUACAAGAGAGAUGAGCUGGCCAAGAGAAUUGCCCUGUUCUAUGGCAGUCAGACCUUUUCGGGGGCAUUCUCUGGGUUGAUCGCUUUCGGCCUGUUCCAGAUUGAUGGCUCGCUUCAUGGCUGGCAGUACCUUUAUCUGGUCGAGGGUGCUCUGACAAUCACGAUUGGGUUGAUUGCUCUGGUCUUUCUCCCUCACCCCCCUCACAAGGAGUCCUCAUUCCUUACAGACCGGGAGCGAGAAAUCUGUCGUCUCCGAUCCCUCCGCGAUGCCUCUCAAGCUGUGGGAUCCAAGUUCCAGAUCCGCGACUUCUUUGCCCCCUUGAGAGACUGGAAGCUCUGGGCCUGGGCUUUUAUCGCCUUCUGCUUCGGGGUCACCAAUGCAUCCGUCGGAAACUUUACGCCUCUUAUUGUUGCUAAGCUGGGCUACUCGGCUGUCAAGACCAACUUGUACACUGUUGCUCCUUACAUGGUGUCUGCCGUGCUUCUCUUCAGCACUGCCAUCAGUUCGGAUUACUUCCGUGAGAGAACAUAUCACUUGCUCUCAGCCUUCACACUGUCUUGUAUCGGCUUCAUAAUUAUUGCCUCGAUUGAUGUCGAGAGCCAUAUAGGCGUCGCCUACUUUGCAGUCUUCCUCAUUGUUGGCGGUUGUUUCACUCCAUCUAUCGUAUUUCACUCGUGGCAUCAAAACAACGUUCUCUCCGAAGAUAGACGCGCCUUCAACAUUGCCUUCAUCACCUUCUUCGGCAAUGCAGCCGGCCUCGUCUCGAGCAACGUCUUCACCCCCGACAGCGCGCCAAAGUACAUCCCGGCACUGGUGACCAACUACUCCUUCCUGGCUGCUGCCAUCAUUGUCACCAUUCUUAUGAGGCUGUGGAUGCAGAGGCAGAAUGCUCUUCGGAACAAGGCUCAAGGGGUUAACUGGACGAGCGCAGACGUGCCGACUCAUCUGCUGCUGGCUGGUGCUUCUGAGAAUCCUCACGAGAACCCCAACUUUAGAUUUGUGCUAUAG